GGGGUGUCAUUGCCAUCACCUAGACCCAAAGCAGUCACCUACUACAACAAACCCACAACUCCAUAACUUAAUUUGCACAACCCUUCAAUCGGAAAUCAAUCAAACAACAAAAGUUUCAAAAAAUAAAAGAGUUGAUUUUCACUAACAUGGACCAAAUCAAGGAAAGUUAUGGAGAAAAAGUCAAGACUGUUGAUGUAGAUGAAGCUAAACAUCUACUUAGUCAAGGCUACCGCUGCCUUGAUGUCAGGACGGAGGAAGAAUUCAAAGAGGGUCACUUGGAGAAUUCUUUGAACAUUCCCUACAUGUUUUGUACUCCAGAAGGCAGGGUGAAAAAUCCCAGAUUUUUGGUUCAAGUUUUGGUCCUUUAUGGCAAGGAAGAUCAUGUUGUUUUGGUUUGUCGGAGUGGUGCCCGGUCAGAAUCUGCUGCUAUUGAUCUUCUUAACGCUGAUUUCAAGCAUGUGUACAACAUGGGAGGAGGAUAUAUUGCGUGGGUUGGAAAGGGAUGUCCAGUUAAGAAACCACAUCAUGCUGAGCUGUAGCUGCCAAAACACAUGUUUAUUAUCAAUUUGCAUGAAAUAACCAAAGCUUUUGAUGAGCUUUGAUCUAUUCCACUUUGAUUUGAAUGAAGGGUAAUCUUAUUUUCUCCAAUAAAAAAGUUUGUUAAUUUUUAGAUUGAUCUUAAACCAUCGAUUAAGCAUUGUCGAAAAUAAAAUUUGAAUAAAAUACAGAUGUUUAAGAUUGUUGGUCUGUAUGCUAUGCAUACAUUAAUUUCAUCUUCAAUGAACUAGCUAGUUGUACUUGAUUCCUUU